AUGUCAGCCUUUCGGGUUACCAACAGCCGCAGCUUUUUGGCCCUGCGCCCGGUCAUCGCGCACAGCACAAUCAACUCCCGAGUCCCUCAGGUUGUGCAAAGGAGCACAUUUGCAACCCAGGGCUACGGGGACAACGAGGGAGACCCAGUGGGGUCCAAGGAACCUAAUUCCCGAGCAACACAUGAAGCGGAGCACCCAGGCCCGACACCCCCAGCCGGUAAAACAAAGCAGAACGAGACGGGCAAAAGUCCAGAGGAUGCGAGUGCUCAAUCCGGUGGAUCAAGGUCCAAGGAUGCUAUUGAGAAAGGAAAGAGCCCGACCGCCGGGAGUAUUGGGGGCAAGGAAUAG